CUUCAGUCCUACAUCGAUUUCUACUUUAAUAACAUCACCUCGCUCCUCCAGCGAUGGAAUAUUGGUCGGUUAAGUAAGGCCAUUCACAGCUCGAGGAAAUAUCUGACACAUCUCAAAUCCAUCCAACUGAACAUCAAAAAAUUUCAUUAGAACCAAGGUGACGCAUCCUUAUGCAAAACGGCAGUCCAGACCCUGUCGUUUCAUUCGAUUCACAGAAUGAAAACGAUCCAGGUGCCCAAAAUGAAGCUGAGGAAUUACAAGAAGCCAUGACAUCACCCAUAGUUGACUUUACUCAUCAAGACCUGGAAUCCAGUCUAUCUCCCGGAACGCUACACCUCAUCCUGGAUGACGACAUCCUUGUGGACAACCCACGAAUGGCUGCACUCCAAGCUGAUAAACUCCAUCCUGUAGAUAAGCUCCAACCCGUAGAUAAGCUCCAAUCUUCAGACAAUAUUUGUUCAACUCCACCACAACCAAUGUUACCAAAACGGGGGAGAGGUAGGCCUAAAAAAUUGGACAAAACAACCCAGCCCAAAAUCAGAGCACCAAAAAUGUAUCAAGUAAAGUUUGCAAAAGUUUUGCCUUAAGUUACUAGGUUUGCCCCACAAAAAUCAAUUAUAUUUAUUUGCGUCCAAUCAUACGUACAUAUAUCAUACCGUCUAUCAUGCGAUGCUUCAGAAGUUGCGAAUACUAUAAAUACUUUUAAUUCCAUUUAUGAUUAUUCAUGUAAGACACGCAGGUCCUUAAGAAAUCUUCCUCUCAAACACGUUAUUUGAUCCGUCAAAUCGGUCUACUUUAAACUUUUACUUUACCACGCUAGCAUAAGUCACCUAUGGCGCCACGCCACCGAAAUUUUUUUGGCGAAUCGUGGGGACCAUAAGGGAGGUCACUGGUAACGUGGGGACUAUAAGGGGUUGCGCCCCAGUUUGUUGUAUGUAACGGCUGUGCAGUUGUAAUGGGAGUGGUUGAUUUUUUUCAAAAUUGAGAGAACGCGCACGUAAUUCCGUCCAAGUGAAUGAAAACAACGUUCAAAUCUCGCACCUAUAACGCAAAUAUCUCAAUUGUCCCCAAAAAAAGUAAAUAAUCCGAGGUUGGGCAUGCAGGUAGGGAAAGAGAAAGGCUGCCCUUUCCUUCGUUGGUAGAUGGUAUGGAAGUAGGGAAAGUGUUGCGUGGAAAAUAUAGAGGUAAAAGUUUAUUGCUUUAAGAAUCUAUUGAUGGACAUACAUAGAUGUAUAACUUACUUUCGUAAAUUACGCCUUAAUUACAUUCUGUAGCCCGGUGUUACGCGGGCUUAUUCGCUUGUCCAUAAUAUUGCUUGGUACCCAUUGAAACAAAAGUACUUGAAUUAAUGCAAUAGACAUAUCGAAAUACUUAAACGACAAUAUGAAGUGUAUAUUCAAAACAUAAAUUCGUUUUCGAUUGUUUGGCAGUAAAUCGAGUUCACGGAAAUAUCCAUCAUACUUGAGAAUGUCUUAAUUUCUAAAAACAUAAAAGGACGUAAAAGCCACUGCUCAUUGAUUUUUUAAUCACCACUCAUGAAUACAGACAAAGUAUUAAUGUACAAACUCCGUCACUCAUUUUACCCUACCCAACAUAACACACGGCUUUCUAAUAUAUAUUAUUUUGUAGUUUUACAACUCACUGUCAAAAUAUUGGCCAUUUAAAUAACUAACCAAAAUACUGCAGCGAAAGAAAGUACGACUUUAUUUUGCAUACUAAUAUUAACCUUACUUCGAAAACUAGUGUACACAGAAAAUUUUUGUGUAUGCAUUUCCGGUUUUGUUUUUAUUUUAGAUUUGCCUUUGAAAUCUAUAUAAAAUAUAAUCUAAUAUCGUAUAAUAUAAUCUAAAUAAUGGAUCCUGGUCUUGUAAAGUUAAACUUAUUCAACUCAGUUCACGAUAUUUUUUCGCAUUGUACCUUAGCAUUGAUAUUGACCACUAAGCCGGUUAAUCCCAUCAUUCCCGUACAUCCUUUACUGAUAUAUUACGCAAUCCUGGAGUUUCCGAAAGAUAUGAAAACUCGCCAUAAGCGGGUUUCAUUCAUACGACGAAAACAUCCAACGCAAUACUGUUGGACGUAUGUCUUCACCAACAUAUUGGACAGUAAGAACGGCAAAAAGAUUCCAAGGAUAAAGGAUUUAUUAUCAAUUCCCAUAUUUCACAUGAAAUCUGCGUGCUAUAUGCAAUUACUUUGGAUAAGCUUCAAUAUCCAGGUGAAUCAAGGUAGUCAUCUAAUCUACCAGUAAUUACAAGCAUUGCAUAUUAGUUACUGGGCUAUGUAUGAGAUUUAUUUUGUUACUGAAACUUUAACGUUUCAUCAUGUAAGUCCUUACUACAGGCAACAGAGUGGCACAAUACCGUCCCAAGUAUUCAAUAGAUUAGGAAAAGUUUAUACAAAAAUAAGUUGCAAUUUUAAGACUGAAUGUUUUCAAUCCCUUAAAGAUAUGUCGGACAGCAUUUCAAACCGUUUAAACAAAUUUUAUUGGACUAACCUGAACUGGAUGGUGUAUACUAACUUUAAACUCAUGUACAGGAAAUCAUUCAUUAAAAUGCAAGAGAUAUACUUUUCAAAACAACAACACACUAAUUGGAUUAUUGUGGCAAACAAGUCUGAGUCAUUUCAUGAUUUUGUGGCUUACACGAUAUUCUCCGAGAUAAUGUUUAAUGUUACGCUACUGGUGAAUGAGCAAUAUGCAUAUUUUUAUAACGAACCAGAACCAAUGCGAUAUCUUUCCAGCGGUGAACAACACAUAAUUGUCGAAAGCCGGUCAUAUAAUUUUCUAUCAUGCUAUGGAGUUGAACGCGGAAAGUCUUAUUCCGUUUUCAUCGAUCCCUUUGAUAUAUACAUAUGGAUUUCAAUUGUUACUACGGCAUUUUCAUUUAUGGCGAUGUCCUGGAUUCUGCAAAGUUCAGAUGAAGUGUUAAAUUUUAACAUAGUUAUUAUAGGUUUUGCCGUACCAUUGGAAAUAUCGGUUUCCGAACUUAUGAAAGCAACUCUUUCACCGAAAAAAAUCCACAAUAUAUUUUGGUUAUGGGUCGUGUCCAGUAUUGCGUUAACUUCGUUCUACAAAGACGUAUUCACAACGGAAAUUAUUCUACCGUGCAAGCGAAGUCUUACCUGGGCGCAUACCUACGAGUUGGAAGAACACGGAUUCCAAUUCUUCUUUCCCAUUCCGCCUCACGAAAAAAUAUUUUUGGAAAUAUAUGCAAACGGCACACCAUUUGAAUAUAUUAGAAAUUUGGAAUUCUCUCGUGCACUCGCUGCAGCACGUGAGUAUGUAGGUAAGUCUUUCCGGCUGUUGGGACAUAAACGGUUUGCCGUCGCACUGUAUGCGAGUGAAGGUGACACUGGGAUACCUCGGAUCUGGAAGGGUUUGCACUACAAAUGGCCAGCCGACAUAUAUUCGAAUUUAUCCAGUUGCGGGAAAUUUGCUUACGUUGAUGCAAGAGAAAAUAUUAAGCGAAUAAUUCCAUUCCUAAACGACAACACGGACGGAACUGUCUUUAUGGCAGGAUCUGAUGAAGAUUUCCUUCUAAUGCGGUAUUCUAUUCAACUACGACAAAGGUCGAAGUCUAAUUUUGUUGCAAAUAAGGUUAACUCACUCCAGGUUUCAGGAAUAUAUAAAUGGUGGGAGGACUGGUUUGCUAAACUGAGACCGAACAAGUUGUUUACGUAUUAUGCAAAUUGGACUAGACCAACAGUAAGUGCGUUAGAGAAACUCGACUUUAGUUCCAAAUUUGCUACAACUUUGCGAGUUUGGGGAAUUUGUUGUGGAAUUUGUGUAGCUGGGGGAACUGUAGAAAUUUUGUUACAUUUGUAUACCACGUAUUUAAAUAGAGAGCCGAUGAAGAUUGUUAGAAAGGUUGUGAGGAGUGUUGUAUCCGGCUUGCGUUAAGGAUUUAUUUGAAAAUCUUAACUUGAGACCCUUAUGGUCAUAUUCAAUGGUAUUUGACCAAUAAUAAUAAGGCUGAUGUGUUAAAAGAGUUUUUUUAAUGAGUCAUAUUAAUUACAACAAUAUGGCUGUGGUAGAUCGGAAGGAUAAAUUAAAAAACCAAUACAUGGAAAUAAGUGAUGGCCUUUAUUCUAUUUCUAUGGGGGACACACCAUUGUAAAAAGAUAUAACGGGUGGCAAUUAUUUAACCUGAGAGAUAUAAGGAUAAUUGAAAAAAUAUCCAGAAUAAUCGAAUCAGGAAUAAUUGAAAGCUGGCAAACAUUUCGAACUUAUUCAAUGGACCAUAAGAACAUAAAAAGGCACAAGAGAAAGUUUGUACUGCUACUGUUUAAAGGGAAUAUUGAUGGGAUAAGUAUGGUUUGAUUGACAUCAGCAUCAAUUAAUAAAAAUUUGCGAAUUUUCUUUUUUGAUAAAUCAAAUAAGGCUUGUACAGUUAAAAAAACAAUUACAUCUGUAUUGUCGAUGCGGUUUAACUAUAUCAAGAGUAUUGUUUCAAAUAUGUAAAAUGUAAUCAAAAAUGAUUUUUCUCGUUUUAGUAAUUAUUUGGUAGUUUUGUAUAGUUUGCAAGCUGCAAUAAAUACUUACAAACAA